AUGGAUGACCCCGGUGACUAUGAUGAUGAUUUUGCCCUUUGGGGACAAUCCAUUUGUGGUGAAUCUGAAUCUGAUCCAGCUGGGGCAUAUAAGGGUCUGAAGCAUAUAAAGAAUAGGAGUGAAGGAAUACUUCUCGAAGUCGAGUACAACCAAUGGGGCCAGUGCAUUGGGGACACUGCAAAUGAACUGGUUAGCCAGAUUGGCUUGUAUGCAAGACGAAAUCUUCCACUGGCAUACAAUGAUUGGAGAAAAGUUCCAAUGGAAUUUAAAAAUCUAUUAUGGGAGUACAUCAAGUCAAUGUUCAAGUUAGGCCCAGAAGCUAAGCAUUCUACCUUAAAAACUGCUGGACGAAGAUGGAAAGACUGGAAAGCAUUCCUAACAAGGAACCUAAUUUUCAAAUACAAAGAUAAAGUUCCAGCAAUGCUCGAUCGUCCUCCAGAUGCUUAUGCUUCAUGUUACAAGCCCGAAGAUUGGAAAGAAUUUGUUGCCAAAAGAUGUAGUCCCGAAUGGGCAAAAAAGAGAAAGAAAAUGCAAGAUAUCAGGAGUCAAAAUACAUACAAUCACCAUGCGGGCCGAGGUGGUGUUAAGAAAGUUGAAGAAAAGUUGGAGAAAGAGUUGGGCCACCAGCUUACUAUAUAUGACAGGGCAGACUUGUGGAUUAGAAUACACACGAACAAAAACGGCGAGCUCGAUGGCCCUGCUCAGGAGGUCGCUGACCGGAUUGCUGAGAUACGAAAGCAAGUUGAGGAGGGGACAAUAUUAGUAGAAGGCUCAAAAGACAUACUCACUCUAGCCUUGGGAACAGAAGAGCAUGGAGGACGUGUUAGAGGAAUGGGGGGUGGUGUCACACAGACACAGUUUUUCAAAACCCCGCGUCCUAAAAGAAAGAGAGUCGAUGACAAUGAUCGUAUGAGUGAGGUGGAGAAGCGACUUGAAGAGUCAGAGGAACAUCGUCGUAGACAAGACGAAUUAUUAAAUAAAAUCCUCCAAAUAGUCCAAAGCCAAAGUGGUGUUGCGGGCACCUCACAUGCAUCUGGUUCAGGUGUUGGGGGAGCAUCCAACGAACCAGCUUUUGCUGCUGUUACCUCAGUUCUAGGAGCAACACCUACUGCCAGGGCCUCUGCUCCACCAACUGGCAGGGCCUCUACUCCACCAAAUGCCAGGGCCUCUGCUCCACCAGCUCCCAAGGCCUCUGCUCCACCAGCUCCCAAGGCCACUAUUCCAACACCUCCACUUGUUGCCCCACCAGCCACACCUUGUGCAGCUGCUCCACCAGCACCAUCUCCGGUUACUUCUGAUAAUAGAUUGAGGUGUGAUAUGUACGUGAUUGAUCCCAAAGAAAAAGAUCCGGUCUUAGUUGCAUCAGGUUAUGUGAAACUUGAAAAGGCAGACAAAGAAGGCAAUAUUAUAAUACAUGGAGUUAAAAAGAAGUUUGAUGAUUUCAAACGUGUCUUUAUUGAGAAGGUGGUUGAAGAAAAUGCCAUUCUACCAUGCCCUAUAGAACAUGAAGGCUUCGACACAGUUGGUUUAGCUGUAAACAAUUUUGUAGCUUGGCCAAAGAACCUAAUCAACAUACAUCCAGAUGAUUUAGCGAAGAUGAAAGGAAAGAAGAAAGUUUCAAGAGAUCAUUUGGCUCCACCGACUCAGCCACCGAUAAACCCAAAGGGGCCUAAUAAACAGUCUGUCAAACGGUACAUUCCCCCUGCAAAGACACAAUUAUUGUCAGGACUUUCAGAGAUUGUGAAGAAUUGGCCUGCUAAGAAAUCAAAGAGGUACUAUAUUAAACCGGAAGUGUUCGGAGGAGAAGGCCAAGAGUGUUGGAUCAGCGCUGACGAGGUAGAAGAUGUGUGCGAGCUCCAUAUGAUUGGAAAUACUGUUAUGUCUCUUUGGUGCAGGUAUAAUAGUUAAUAACUAAGUUAAUAUCUAAGUUAAAAAUUAUAUAUACAACUGUUUAUUAAUAAUCUAUUUUAAUUUAAUUAUUUGCAAGAACACACACUUAAUCUUGGUGGGUUGAGGAAUACAUAUGCAUUUAAUAAUCCUGCUUCAGUAUCAACUGAAGCUGGUAAACUCAAACAACGUUCAGAGAAUCUAUGUCAGCGAAUGAUGGGUAUGCAACCUGAACAAUGGUUGAUAUGUCCGUGGAAUUCAGGUGAUCACUGGUUGACAAUUAUGAUUCAUGCCAAUACUCAAAGUGUUGCAUAUCUUGACUCGACGAAUGAUUUUAUCCGAACUGAUAUUAUGAAAUGUAUCCAAAAUGCUGUGGACAUGUACAGGAUUGAAAAAAAUAUACGAAACAAGGGUCCAGUAAAAAUCAACCAAUACACGUGUCGACAGCAGCCGGAUGGAGUACAAUGUGGUUAUUAUGUUAUGAAGAUUAUUCAGAGUUUCAUGACGGUUGUUAAUCCUGCAAGUUUUUUGAAAAAUCAUUUCAAGUUAGACGCUCCCUAUAGUAACGAGGAGAUCAAUGCCGUACGGGAUGAGUUUGCCGAAUUUGUGAAGCCAUUGAUUAUAGAUUAAGUACUUAAGAUUACUACACUUUUGAUAUAAUACAUGAGUAACAAGUUUUAUGAUUAUUGUUAUCUUUCGCAUAUAUUAUUAGUUUAUAUUUAGUUUACGAUAUACAUGGAAUUUAAGUUUUAGAAUCGAUUUUAUUAACAAUUUUGGUAUUGUGUGAUUAGUUAAUAGAAUCGAUUACUAAUUUAAUAUAAGUUUUAAAAAUGUUAUUUUAAUUUUUUUUGUA